CUCUACACCACAAGCACUCCAACUGGAGGAGUUAACAGAUAUACCUACUAAUCAAUCUACUAUGCUCUCUGUCCGUCUCUCUUCCUUUCUCUCUCUCUCUCUCUCCGUCCUCUCUUUCAAGUAUAACUCCUGGCGGUUGGUUGUGAUGUAUGUGACCUCUCCCCUCUGACCUUUGACCUCCGUCUUACUGUGACCCCUCAGCAUGGCCCUGGAGAAGUUGCUAGGCUUUGGGAAGCAGCUGCUGCGUGUCAAGGUUGUGGACUGUAACAGUGAAGAUUCCCGUCUGUCCCGAUGUCUCAACACCUUCGACCUGGUGGCUUUGGGGGUGGGCAGUACUCUGGGAGCUGGGGUCUACGUCCUGGCUGGGGCCGUGGCCAGAGAGAAUGCAGGUCCUGCCAUUGUCCUAUCCUUCUUCAUCGCAGCGCUGGCCUCUGUGAUGGCUGGUCUGUGUUAUGCUGAGUUUGGGGCCCGCGUCCCCAAGACGGGCUCAGCCUACCUGUACAGCUACGUCACAGUGGGAGAACUCUGGGCCUUCAUCACGGGAUGGAACCUCAUCCUCUCUUACGUUAUCGGUACCUCCAGUGUAGCACGGGCAUGGAGCGCUACGUUUGAUGAGUUGACAGGGAAACAUAUAGAGGCGUUCUGCAGACAGUACAUGACCAUGAAAGCACCUGGGAUACUGGCAGAGUACCCUGACAUGUUCGCUGUGCUCAUCAUCAUCACCCUCACAGGUCUGUUGUCGUUUGGAGUGAAGGAGUCAGCUGUUGUCAACAAGGUGUUUACGUGUAUCAACGUCCUGGUGUUGUUAUUUAUGGUGGUCUCUGGACUGGUCAAAGGAACCCUGAAGAACUGGCAUCUGGACCCUGAUGUCAUCUUACACAACAACUCCAGCCAAAACAUGACAGAGCCCUUGCUGUCGGCGGAGAGUCUAGGAGUGGGCGGGUUCAUGCCAUUUGGCUUCACCGGUGUCCUAUCAGGCGCUGCCACCUGUUUCUACGCCUUCGUGGGAUUCGACUGUAUCGCCACGACAGGUGAGGAGGUGAAGAACCCUCAGAAGGCCAUUCCCAUAGGCAUCGUGUCGUCUCUCCUCAUCUGCUUCGUGGCCUACUUCGGAGUGUCUGCUGCUCUCACCAUGAUGAUGCCCUACUACCUCCUAGACAACAACAGUCCUCUGCCCGCAGCCUUUAAAUAUGUAGGCUGGGAGGGAGCCACUUACGCUGUGGCUGUAGGGUCACUGUGUGCUCUGUCCACCAGGUACCAACCAGAGCAUCCCAGCUCCUUGGCCUAUCAGAUGGCCAGUACCGUGGAGGAGAUGGAGCUAAGUGAUGGUAUCUCCGCCCCCAGUAUGGGCAUCCUGCCUGGUGUGAAGGAGCACUUCAGCCUGAAGACUGUCCUGUUCCCUGACAACACUGAACCCUCAGCCCUGUCCGGCUUCACUGUCAACAUCACUGUCAGCCUCAUGGGCCUUCUGAUCCUGGUGUUCAGUAUACUAGCAGUACAGGGUGGAUUUGCAGUGUGGAACAUCGUAGCUCUGACCGUCAUCUUCAUGGUGUGUGUUCUCCUCACCUUUAUAAUCUGGAGACAACCAGAGAGCAAGACCAAGCUGUCCUUUAAGGUGCCCCUGUUGCCGUUCAUCCCAGUGGUCAGCAUGUUUGUCAACGUCUACCUAAUGAUGCAACUGGACAGAGGCACGUGGAUACGCUUCGCUGUCUGGAUGGCUAUAGGGUUUGUGAUCUACUUUGGCUACGGGAUCCACCACAGUGCUGAGGCGGCUCUGGACCGCUCGUCUCCUGGGUCUGAUGUAGAGCUGAACGGCUACAUAGCCAGCCACUCACACAACAUGGAGCCCAUGUCUCCUGAGAAAGAGGCGUUUCUACAUAAUGGUCUGGAGGCCCGGGGAGAGGAGGACCGAGACCUGUAGAGUGCUAGGACCCAGCUGACAACUGCCACAGCCUGCCCUGACCACCCUACAUACCACACCUUAUCAUGCCCCUUUGGAACUUUUGUCUGUCUGGAACCUUUAUCAAACAGGAUAGAACCCUCUUGGAAUGAACUGUCUCAUUUUGGGAUGUAACAUGCCAUUUUUUAACAGAGUCCUGGAUUUAGACUUUAGUCUAACAUCUCACAGUGGUGUAUGCACAUGUAGCUUCUCGCAGGUGUUUCUGGGUAGGGGAAAUACAAUUCUAAUGCAGAAAUUAAAGGAGUAGAGAAAAAGAAGGAAGAGAGGAUAGACUGCUGUUUGCUCCUGAGGGCGUAUUGUAAGCUCACAGGGGGUUUCCUACUACAGACAGGAGAACCAUAUCAACCCAGGGAAACCUAGAGAAACUGAGCAGACAUCUUGGAUCUUGUCCUCCUCCAUUUUAGGGAGAGUGUGGGUUGAUGUGGUGGGAGUGGGGUAGUGGUGGGAGUGGGGUAAUGUUGCUGUUGAGGACUGGGUUUGAUUGGACCCACUGGUUGAAUCAACGUUGUUUCCAAAUCAUUUCAAUUGUUACGUUGAACUAACGCUGAAUAGACGUUGAAUUGACGUCUGUGUGCAGUGAGGAUACUCAACUAGCUGGCACACGGUUCUCUCACAGCUCAGGAAGGACUAUCUGUUGGUUAACAUCCUAAUGGAUUAGUUAGGGUUAAGGUUGUGCAUUAGGGUUCAGAGAUGUCAGAAAACAUCACCGGAUCACUCAGAUGACUUUUGUAACUGCUAGCCAUGGAAACUCUGUCGGGUAAUCUUCAAGAUAAUCAUACUGUUUGAGGCAAAUCUAUACUCAACAUUUUCAGAUGAUUGUCAACCUGUCUAGAAGGGUAAACACCAGACAUGGUGUUAAAUAAUUAAUAUCUAGUAUAAUAAUUAAUAAUAAUUAAUAACUAACUACUAAUAUCCUCUACCUUUAGAUCUACUAAAACCAUGGAUGAGCUAUAUAUGUGUGUUUCCUCUGAAACAAUGUAUUUUCUAGUCUCAACUGUUACAACCUCCCCUAGCAGGAUAUAGGCUACCUUGUAAACUUCCGUUAUCCCCCUGUGAUGUAGUGGCUGUGGCUCACCACUAGAGGUCACUGUGUAUCACACAACGUCAGUAGACCUUUCACAUCAAAUGAAAUAAAAUUGUGUUCAACACCUGCGCCGAAUACAUCAGGCGUAGACUUUCCCGUGAAAUGAUUACUUACAAGCCCUUAACCUUACAAGCCCUUAACCUUACAAGCCUUUAACCGAUAUUGCAGUUCAAGAAAGAGUUCAGGAAAUAUUUACUAAAUAUACUAACGUGAAAAAAUUCAAUAUCAAAAAGUAACACAAGAAAAUGACAAAACAUUAAUGAGGCUAUAUUCAGGUGAUACCGAGUCAAUUUGGGGGGGGUGGGGGGUGUACCGGUACUGAGUCAAUGUGCAGAGGGCACAGGUUUCUCAAAGUAAUUUGUAAAGUGGCUAUGCAUAUAUAGGUAACAGCGAAUAGUAGCAGUGUAAAAACAGAGAGGGUGUCAAUGUAAAUACUCUGGUUGGCAAUUUGAUACAUUUUUCAGCAGUCUUAUGGCUUGGGGGUAGAAGAUGUUAAUUAAGGAGCCUUUUGGUCCAAGUCUUGGCGCUUCGGUACCGCUUGCAGUGUGGUAGCAGAGAGAAAAGUCUAUGAUUUGGGUGAAUGGCGUCUUCUACAAUGUUUGGAGCCUUCUUCUGACAACACCUAGUAUAGGUCCUGGAUGUCAGGAAGCUCUCGAGUGGCGCAGCGGUCUAAGGCACUGCAUCUCAGAGACGUCACUACAGACCCUGGUUCAAUUCCAGGCUGUAUCACAACCGGUCGU